CCCCGCCACGGGGAUCGUGAAAUCGGCACCUUAUCCAUGCCCAUGGAACUCAACAUUGCAAUCUUCUUCACUUCUUUCUUCUACCGCUGCAAUCAUCAAAAUCGCGCCUUUGCGCGAGCCCAAAGCUUUGCUUAAAUUUGUAAAAGCAAAUGGAGCUUUGUUCUUCAUCAUCUCCCUCUUCUUCUUCUUCUCUCAUCCUCCGCCGACCAGAACUCUCCUUCUCUUCUUCCCUCUCUCAAUUCCAACUAAAGCCAUCGACUUUCGCCAAACCCAGAUUCCACAACCUCCGAAUCCACGCCUCCUCCCUCGCACCCGAGACUCAGGGCCUUCCUCGAGACAGCCCGCAACGCCUCCUCAAGGAACUCGCCCAGCGCAAACAAUCCACCACCACGAGCCCCAAGAAGAAACCCCCACCGAAACGCUUCAUCCUAAGACCACCACUAGACGACAAGAAGCUCGCGGAAAGAUUCCUCAACAGCCCACAACUCUCCCUCAAAUCCUUCCCUUUACUCAGCUCCUGCCUCCCUCCUUCCAAGCUCAACACCGCCGACAAAACAUGGAUCGACGAGUACCUCCUCGAAGUCAAACAGGCCUUGGGAUUCCUCGAACCUUCGGAUACUCUAAGCGACGAGAACCCCGCGAAGCAUUUCGACACGCUUCUAUACUUGGCGUUUCAGCACCCGUCUUGCGAUAGGGCACGUGCUAGGCACGUGAAGAACGGGCACUCGAGGCUUUGGUUCCUGGGGCAGUACGUGCUGGAGCUCGCGCUGACGGAGUUUUUCUUGCAGAGGUAUCCGAGGGAGUCUCCGGGGCCUAUGAGGGAGAGGGUGUUUGCUUUGAUUGGGAAGAGGUUUCUCCCCAGGUGGAUCAAAGCUGCUAACUUGCACAAUCUCGUCUUCCCUUAUGAUGAUAUCGAUAAGUUGCUUAGGAAAGAUCGUGAGCCACCCGUUAAAUCUGUGUUCUGGGCUUUGUUCGGUGCAAUCUAUCUAUGCUACGGGAUGCCGGAAGUGUACCGUGUACUUUUUGAGGUUUUUGGGAUGGAUCCAGAUGCGGAUGAUUGCCAGCCUCGAGCUAGGAGACAGCUUGAGGAUGUAGAUUAUGUUUCUGUCGAAUUCGAAGGCAAGAAGCUAAGCUGGCAAGAUAUUGCUACUUACAAGCCUCCUGAAGAUGCUUUAUUCGCACACCCGAGGCUGUUCAGAGCCUGUGUUCCACCUGGAAUGCACCGUUUCAGAGGGAACAUUUGGGACUUCGACAGCAAACCUAAAGUCAUGCAGGCACUAGGUUACCCUCUACCGAUGAACGAUAGAAUCCAAGAGAUAACCGAUGCAAGAAACAUCGAGCUUGGACUCGGUUUACAGCUCUGCUUCUUGCAUCCAUCAAAGCACAAGUUCGAACACCCUCGGUUCUGUUUCGAGCGGUUAGAAUACGUAGGCCAAAAGAUACAAGACAUAGCAAUGGCGGAGCGUUUGUUGAUGAAGCACCUUGACGCACCAGGCAAAUGGCUGCAAGAGAAACAUAGGCGUCUGUUGAUGAACAAGUUCUGCGGUAGGUAUCUGAGGGAGAAACGUCUUCACAACUUUAUCAUCUACUCGGAGGAGGUUCAUGAUCGGUAUGAACACAACAGGAGACUUAGGAAUCCGGCGACGACGGCUGUUCAGCAAGCUAUUCACGGACUAGCGUACACCAUCUAUGGAAAGCCUGAUGUUAGGAGGCUCAUGUUUGAGGUUUUCGACUUCGAGCAGAUUCAACCUAAAGCAAUCGUCUGAAAAAGCCUCUCUCGCUGUGUUGUCUUUCUGUUUUUUUUUUUGUAUUAUUAUUGUUAGUUUGCUUCUGGAUUUGAUUUCUUUUAGUUUAAUUCUUCAAACGUCAGAUGAUACCAAAGUUUUCAGACUCCAAAAACAUAAACACCUGACUUCAUUAAGUAUACAUUUGAAUCGUUUGUACU